AUGAUCGCUCCUCUCUCGCCGCCCUCGCGCCAGGCCGUCAUCCACGCCUACCGCAAUCUUCUCCGGGCAGGCCUGCGUGCAGUUCAAUACUCCUCCCCGGCUCGCUAUGGCCUUCGCUCGAAGCUCCGACACGCCUUUAGUGACGAGACUGCCCCCAUCCUGCAGCCCAGUGCCGGCGGCGCACCCGCCCGGACUCAAAGGUUCCCAAAGACUUUCUCGCAAACCCGUAUCGACAAUACCGUCCGUUUCUUAAACACGGCUGCUACCCGUCUGGGCAUGGAGCAUACCAUUGUGAAGCAUCUUUGUUUCGUCGAGUGGCGUCGAGAAAUCAGCAGAUUGCCCAGGUCCACUACUGUCAUGAAACCAUCCGAUUGGGACACACUGGCUAUAACAUUUGAUGAAUAUGAUGAUACGAUUAGGAUGCUGAAUGAGACUAUGGAGCUCGAGUUGCGAUAG